UAUAACAUGGGAUUCCAGCAACCAAAAAAAGACUGCAUUUCAAGCAAUAACCAGGAAAGAAGAUUAACAAAAAACACUGCAGACGGAGCAGGAACAGUAAAGCAGAGUGACUCAUUACAUCCAUCUGAAAAUGUGUCCACUAAGCCUCAAAGCCUAGAGAGAACGCAAAGCAGCAUAAUGUUUGCUACCAAAGAUCAACAGAAAGGUGAAGAAAUUAAUUCCAUAAGGCUCCACAAACGGAGGAGGAGAUUUAUAAUUAAAAAGAGUCCAGUUCUGAUUUCCAUUAACAACUCCAUUCUCAACUUGCCCACUCUGAGGUAUGAGGAUAGAAGCAACAAGAAGUGGAAAAGUCUCUAUCAGAUCCAAAGAGAAAGGAAGCGGAUUAUGAGGGAAACUUGUUCUAAAUACAAGAGUAAUAACAGAAGAAUAAUCACUCCUUACCAUGUUUCUAGAAUAUUUGUAGAAGAUAAAUAUAGAGUUUUAUACUGUGAAGUACCAAAAGCUGGCUGCUCUAACUGGAAACGGGUGCUCAUGGUUCUUAAUGGGCUGGCUUCUUCCACUAAAGACAUACAGCACAACACAGUGCACUACGGAAACUACUUAAAAAGACUGGAUGGGUUUGAUCACAAAGGAAUAUAUCAUAGGCUCAACACUUACACAAAGAUGCUUUUUAUUCGUGAGCCUUUUGAAAAGCUGGUAUCUGCAUUUCGGGACAAGUUUGAACAUCCAAACAACUACUACCACCCGGUUUUUGGAAAAGCCAUCAUUUCCAGGUAUCGGGUCAAUGCCACCAAAGAAGCAUUAAGGACAGGCUCUGGAGUUAAAUUUCAAGAGUUCAUUCAAUAUCUCCUGGAUGUACACAGGCCAGUGGGUAUGGACAUCCACUGGGAUCAUGUCAACAGGCUUUGCAGCCCGUGUUUAAUAGACUAUGACUUUGUUGGGAAAUUUGAAAGUAUGGAAGAAGAUGCAAACUUUUUCUUGCACUUAAUUGGUGCUCCACAAAAUUUAACAUUUCCCAAGUUUAAAGAUAGGCACUCCACUGAAGAAAGAACUACCACUAAAAUUACACAACAAUAUUUUGCACAGCUUUCUCCUUCUCAACGACAACGAAGCUAUGACUUCUACUAUAUGGAUUACUUGAUGUUUAACUAUUCAAAACCCUUUGAAGAUUUAUAUUGA